UCGUCUCAAAGGGUUUCCAACAGCUCUAUCACAUCAACUAGAACACAAAAAGUCUUUAAGUGGUUUCCCAGCUUAAAACUAUUUCGCAAUGUCUGUGGCACCCCCUUCACAAGGCCUUGGCAGCAACUUCAACUACUUCCUUGCGGAUGGAGGUAAUGCCAUUACUGGCCUCAACGUUGAGAUCACCUUUGCCGAGCCUCUGAUCUCUACCGAAAACGGUUUUGGUUUCCAGCUCAACGGUUAUGCCCAGGAGCUUGCCGGCGCCCCAAGCACCACUCCCAACUGGCAGCAAUAUGUAGUCUUCUCCCAGCCCGGCGACAAGACUCUCUACGGUAUCAUUGACAACUGGUCCGGCACCGUUCCUGCCGGCACCUAUGCCCAAAUCAUCAACGACGAGUCCACCAUCACCACCCUGCCCAAGGCCAACCAGAUCCCCGCCGGCGCCGUCAUCAACAUUGUCCCUACCUUCAGCUCUAGCAACGUCAUCACCGGAAUCACCUACAUCUACACUCCUCCCGGCGGCCAAGCCGUUUCCAGCUCCGUUACUCUGACCAGCCUUGACGUCUACGACUCCAACAAGAGAAUCACUUCUGCCUACGAAUCUCCCAUUUCUGCAUUGACACUCAACAUCGUCGGCGACUACAACGGAAACGAUGGCGUCUUCAGCUCUGGCUCUGGCACCAUCGUCUACACUGCCGCUCAACCUCUGACUGUCCUGACCAACGAGCCGAGCUACACCGCGUUCCAGGACGGAACUGGUGAGACAGCCAACACUGUUUACGGCAAGCUGCCUGCGUCAAACAGCAAGACCAUCACUCAGACCUGGGGCAUUGACACAUCCGGACGACCCAAUGUCGGCCCUGCUGUUGGCGUCAAGCUGCCACUUCCCCCCAGCGCCAAGAAGAUCCAGCAAGACCAGUAAACAAGUUUAAAAGGAUAACAUGUACUGUUAAUGAGACAGUACUAUCUGGGUGGCUGUCUAGGGCCAGCAUGUUUAUGCAAAGUAAAAGGCAUUUGUGCGCUGUUACGAUAGUUUUCUUGGAUAGAAUGAAUGAAAGUAAAAUUGGUCCAAGUCAAGACACGUUCAUCA